AUGGCGCUGAAGAAGCCACCGUCCAGCAGGAGAUCGACGAGUCACGGCAUCAAUGUGACCUUGGGUGAGAAAGGUGUUACGGGCUGGACUGGACCAUCUGGAAUACAAGGAAAACCUGGUACAACCUGUGACUGUGGGAGGUACCGGAAGGUGGUGGGGCAGCUGGACAGCAACAUCGGACGACUGCAAAACGCUCCCAAAUUUAUAAAGAACGUGCUCUUGGGCCUGAGGGAGAUGGAGGAGCGCUACUACCUGCUGGUGACAGAGUCCCGGGCCUUCGAGGAGGCCCUGGUCAGCUGUCGGCUCAGGGGCGGGGCGCUGGCCAUGCCCAAGACCAGGGACGCCAACCGCCUGCUGGCCGACUACGUCAGCGGCUCAGGCCUCACCGCCGUGUUCAUCGGCCUGCAGGCCCGGAGCGUGAACGGCACCAGGACCCAGGAGUACGUCUUCGCGGACUCCAGCCCUCUGGGGGGCUUCGCCGAGGGGCCCCCCAGCAGCACCAACAGCUCCAGCUGCGUGGAGUUGCUCAACACCGGCAGCUGGGGCCCCGCGGCCUGCCACCUCGCCAUGUUCUACAUCUGUGAGUUCCCCAAGACCAGGAGAAGAGUUGGCGCUGCUGGUUGAGGAGGCGGAGGUGGAGGUAGUGGUGGUGCUGGUGGUAGUGCUGUUGCUGGUGGUGGUGCUGUUGCUGGUGGUAGUGUUGCUGGUGGAGGAGGUGGUGUUGCUGGUGGAGGAG